AUGUCAUUCAAGAUAUUGGCUCCACUUUUAAUUGCAUGCAUUUUUGGUGAGAUAUCUGAAGAAGACAACGUUUUGAUUCUUAAUGACUCUAACUUUGAACAAUUGCUCGCUCAACAAAGUCAAAUUCUCGUUAAUUUUUACUCACCGUGGAGCCAAAGCUGCAAAUCCUUGAUUCCAGAAUAUUCCAAAGCUGCUUUAGCUUUAAAACAAAUAAGCCCAGCAAUUUAUAUAGCAAAAGUUGAUGCAGCCGCUAAUCCAACCCUCGCAGAAAAGUAUGGAAUUACUGAAUACCCUACCCUCAAAUACAUUUCCGAAGAAGGAUCAAUUAAAUACACAGGUGAUCUAACUGGAGACUCAAUUACUGCGUGGCUAAUAAAGCGAUCUCAAUCUCAAAUCCAAAAUUAUUCAACUAUUACAGAGCUCCAGUCAGUACUCGAAAAUACAAAAGUCGCAGUUGUUUUAUUUGCGACAAUAAAAUUUCCUCACCACUUCGAAGCAGCCUCCAAGCUUUUUGAUGAUGCUAUUUUUAUUAUUUGUACUGAUAAAGAUGCUUUUUCUUAUUAUGGGGUCGAAGAAUGAAGCAUAAUGAUGUUCAAACAAUAUGAUGACAAGGCGACUCGAUAUUAUGGGCCUAUGGCAUUGAAUUAUCUAAUUAAAUGGAUAGAAGAAAAUAAGCGGCCUUGGACUUGGCAAUAUUGCAGUGAUGCGUCUGAAUUUAUUUUCCAAAAGAAACAUCCAGCUUUAUUCUUUUUUAGAUAUGAAGGAGAAGCCAAUACAUAUAAUGAAAUAUAUGAGAAGCUGGCGAAAGAAUACAAAAGUAAGCUAGUAUUUACACAUGCGGAUUUAUCGUUGCCAGCUUAUAAAAAAUUAAGUGUGGUUCUGGGGGUCCCAAAGCACGCUCAGCCUACAUUUGUUAUCAUUGAUCAUGAUGGAAAUGGGAUAAAUAAAUAUUUAUAUCAAUUUUAUAGACUUACUUACUUUUAUUUAGUAUCAGUUAUCUAUUUCUUAAAAUAAUAUAAUAUUUCUUGGCAUCAAAUUAAUGCUAAUUUGUUUCGAAAAGUAUAUAUUACAAAACUGUUAAUGAAGAGGACUUAAGAUCAUUUAUAAAAGGAUGGCUAAAUAAAGAAAUCGAGCCAUAUGCAAAAUCUGAACCAAUUCCAGACCAAUUAUACGCACAAGGAAUCAGAAUAAUUGUUGCUGAAAACUUCCAACAAAUCGUUAUGGACAACAAAAAAGACGUCCUGGUCCAAUUCUACGCACCUUGGUCAGUUGCUUGCAGAAACCUCGCCAAGGACUACGAAAAACUUGCAGCGACACUAAUCGAAAUCGAUGAGCUUGUGAUCGCAAAAAUCGACAUGUAUCUAAACGAUGUAAAAGGCCAAUUCAUCCAAGACUUUCCCACAAUAAAAUUCUUUCCAGCCAAAAACAAAAAAGGGGUCCUAUUUCAUGGUGACGCGAACUAUGAGAAUUUGCUUAAAUUUAUCCAGGAGUACACCUCAUUUAAAGCUGAAGACAAAAAACCUAAGCUUGAUCUUUAA